GUAAUUUUGUAUUGUAUGAAUAUUACCAUGUGUUAUCCUCGUUCCUGGACAUUAUUGAUUAUCGUAAUAAUUAUUAUUUCCUGCGCAUGGAAAACUGGAUUCCUCUCGUGGCCACCGCGUUGUUCAACCGUGAGAGCGACAGCGUCGAUAAGAUUAAAUCUCAACUUGGCUAGCUCAGCAUUACCGAUCACCCGACAACGUAAUAUUUUCAAUUCGACAUCGUCAGUUGGAAAAAUUGUUGAUCAAAAUCGUAAGAAAUAUCGCGAUACGGUAUCGAGAUACAUGCUUAGACUUUAUCAUUUACGUCCAGAACACGACGUAAUCAGGGCACUCGAACCCAGUCACAUUUCGUUACCUGUCACCGGUGGCGGUAGGAUUAUCGAGUUUUUAAUACCUAUCGUUAAUUAUCAAGAAACUUUGGAAACCGCGGAAUUACUUGGUACAGCGGGUACUAUAUUUAGAGUAAGAAGCAUGGACGAGAUGAUGUCCAAACAGACUCGUGAACAAAUGACAAGGUCGAGAAGAGAUGAAACUUGGAGAGCAUUCAACGUAACUUCAGCGGUUGCCACAAGAAACGGGAAUCUUGUGAGACUACACGUACACGGAAGAAUAUCUUACAGAACGAGAAACGACGGUCCAAUUUUGUUACUGAGUUAUAGGAAACCUAAAAAAAGGAAGAGAUAUCGUCGUUCUACCUCCAUAAAUCAGGAUGAUCGCGAAGAUAAUUUACGAUGGGACGAUGACGGGACUAGACGUUUGAUAAGACGUAAAAAUUCAUGCAAAAAACGUCCGUUUUACGUUGAUUUCUCAUUGAUCGCUUACGAUAAAUGGGUUGUUGCACCCCCGGGAUAUGAAGCUUAUCAAUGUGCUGGAAAGUGUUAUUAUCCGUUCGGCGAUCAUCUAAGUCCAACUAAACACGCUAUAGUGCAAACUCUCGUUCAUGGUGCACUUCAAGGAACCGAAGGUAUUAAUGGUAACAAACUCGUGGGCAGAGCAUGCUGCGUUCCAACGAGAUUGGCCCCCACGAGUUUACUUUAUCUCGAUGCUACUGGUACUUUAACCUAUCAGUAUGGAUACGAGGAUAUGGUGGUAGCGGAAUGUGGUUGUCGGUGAUCGUGUAAAUUCAAUUUUUAAAUUUAAUUUCUCUCUUACACGUGAUUCAAAAUCUAAU